AUUAUAUGAAAGAACUGUCGUCCAGUACGAGGAAGAGAUCGAUCGUCAGUGCAGACUGCUGGAUAUCACCAGGAAACCAGAGAUAAAGUUACACAAAACGGAUGUUUUUGCGCACCCAGCCUCAGCUGUGAGUUUUAGAGAGUUGAUCAUCGAGUGACUAAGUACUGCUCCUGAAGAAAUAGUCCCACUCUUUGAAAGAAUUGUCGCCCAGUACGAGGAAGAGAUUGAUCGGCAGUGCAGACUGCUGGAUAUCACCUGGAAACCUGAGAUUAAGUUACACAGAACAGAUCUUCCACAGCAAAACAAGGACAUGAACUCCAGUUUGGACCAGGGGGACCCUACACAGAUUAAAGAGGAGCAGGAGGAACCAGGACCGGCACAGAUUAAAGAGGAGCAGGAUGAACCAGGACCUCCACAGAUUAAAGAGGAACAGGAGGAAUCAGGACCUCCACAGAUCAAAGAGGAACAGGAGGAACCAGGUCCCUCACAGGUUAAAGAGGAACAGGAGGAACUCAGCAGCAGUCAACAGGGAGACUAUAUUGUUCUUGUUCUGGAGACCAGUUCCUUUAUGGAGACUCCUACUGAUAAGGAAAGUGAGCAUAAUGAAUUGGCUCCAAACAGUGACCAGCUCCUCUCUUACAACUCUCCUGUAGCCAAGAGCCCAGACCAGGAAGGAAACAAGCAAGAAGACUCAGGAUCAAGUAGAAAUGCAGAACUGAAUCCAAAGAAGAGAUGUCACAGGAACAAUAUAGACAACCCUCCCACAUCAGAGAGUCGGUGUGAUACUGCCACAGGUAGAAAUACUUUCACAUGUGACGUCUGUGGAAAAGGCUUCAGUUUAAAAUGCAAUUUGAAGAAACACUACGGAAGCCACACAGGGAAGAAAACGUAUAGUUUCACAACAUGUGGAAAGAGUUUCAAUCACAGGGAUAGUUUCAAUGUCCACAUGAGGUCUCACACAGUUGAGAAGCCAUACUCUUGUGAAACAUGUGGUAAAACCUUGAACUCUAGAUCUGCAUUAAAUAAUCACAUAAUGAUUCACACAGAUGAGAAGCCUUAUUCCUGUGAAACAUGUGGUAAAGCAUUCAGGCAACAAAUUCAAUUAAAAGUCCACAUGAUGAUUCACACAGGUGAGAGGCCAUAUCCUUGUGCAAUGUGUGAUAAAACCUUCAAAACAAGAUCUGCAAUAACUGACCACAUGAGGAUUCACACAGGUGUGAAGCCAUAUUCUUGUGAAACAUGUGGUAAAGCAUUCAGGCAACAAACUCAAUUAAAAGUCCACAUGAUGAUUCACACAGGUGAGAAACCGUAUACUUGUGAAACAUGUGGAAAAGCCUUUAGGGUAAGACAUAAAUUAAAUCUCCACAACAGGACUCACACAGGUGAGAAGUGGUAUUGUUGUGAAACGUGUGGUAAAACCUUGAACUCUAGAUCUGCAUUAAAUAAUCAUAUGAUGAUUCACACAGGUGAGAAUCCAUAUUCUUGUGAAACAUGUGGUAAAGCAUUCAAGCGACAAAUUCAAUUAAAAGUCCACAUGAUGAUUCAUACAGGUGAGAGGCCGUAUCUUUGUGCCACCUGUGAUAAAACCUUCAAAACAAGUUCUGCAACUAUUAAACACAUGAGGAUUCACACAGGUGAGAAGCCGUAUUCUUGUGAAAUGUGUGGUAAAACCUUCAUAACAAGAAACGGAUUAAAAAUCCACAUGAGGUCUCACACAGGCGAGAAGCCGUAUCCUUGUGACACAUGUGGGAAAGCCUUUAGGGUAAAAUGUCAAUUAAAUCGUCACAACAGUACUCACACAGGUGAGAAGCCAUAUUCUUGUGAAACGUGUGGUAAAACCUUGAACUCGAGAUCUGCAUUAAAUAAUCACAUGAUGAUUCACACAGGUGAGAAGCCAUAUUCCUGUGAAAAAUGUGAUAAGACCUUCAAAACAAGAAAUGAAUUAAGUAUCCACACAAGGACUCACACGGGUGAAAGGCCAUAUCCUUGUGACACAUGUGGGAAAGCCUUUAGGGCAAGACAUAAAUUAAAUCUCCACAGCAGGACUCACACAGAUGAGAAUCCGUAUUCUUGUGAAACGUGUGGUAAAACCUUGAAAUCUAGAUCUGCAUUAAAUAAUCAUAUGAUGAUUCACACAGGUGAGAAGCCAUAUUCUUGUGAAACAUGUGGUAAAGCAUUCAGGCAACACAGUCAACUAAAAGUCCACAUGAUGAUUCACACAGGUGAGAAACCAUAUCCUUGUGAAAGGUGUGGUAAAACUUUCAGAAAAAGAUCUGCAAUGAUUGACCACAUGAUGAUUCACACAGGUGAGAAGCCAUAUUCUUGUGAAACAUGUGGUAAAGCAUUUGGGCGACAAAUUCAAUUAAAAGUCCACAUGAUGAUUCACACGGGUGAGAGGCCAUAUCCUUGUGAAACAUGUGAUAAAACCUUCAAAACGAGAUCUGCAAUAAUUCACCAUAUGAGGAUUCACACAGGUGAGAAACCGUAUUGUUGUGACACAUGUGGUAAAACAUUCAGGCAGCAAAUUCAUUUAAAACUCCACAUGAUGAUUCACACAGAUGUGAACCGUAUUCUUGUGAAACGUGGUAAAACCUUGAACCUUGAAGGUUGUGCAGAAGGCACAGGGCAGUGAGGGAAAAAAAACAUUCUUCCAGGGACUAAUUCCAUGUGUAGAAACUGACUGGUAAACUGUUUCACUGUGAUGAAAUUUUUCUUUUUUUUGUCUUUUUUUUUUGACAAAUUUGGUCAGGUUACCAUGAUCAGCACUCUUUACUCUGAUCUGUCUUUCACGCAUAACCACACACCAUCGAAUAGUUUAAAAGAGUUUUGUACCAGACAAUCAAUCAUAAUCAAGUUAUUCACUUGAGUUUAGGUGAAUUUGCUUCGAGUGUCUGAGUUAUAGACUUUCUCAGUUAAUGCAUCCUGCUCCAUGUUCCUUCUACAGAUAUAGAAAUUAGUUCUUCUUAUGUAGUUUACCUUUAUGUAAAUAUUAAGCCAGUCACAACUUCUCCCUCACCUUCGAUAACUGCACUCUGUCUCCCUCAUCACACACCCGUAACCUAGGAAUCCUCUUCGACACUAAGCCAAGAUUUGACCUCCACAUCAAUCACAUCACCAGGAUCGCCUUCUUCCCCCUUAAGAACAUAGCCCGUCUCCGCCCCUCACUCGCCUUCUCUGCUGCAGAAACCCUCAUCCAUGCAUUUAUCACAUCCAGACAGGACUAUUGCAACAGCAUCCUCUAUGGUUCACCAUCCAAACUCCUCAGUAAACUGCAAUAUAUCUAGAACUCCGUUCAAAAACAUCCUCCUCACACACAAAACACUUAAUAACAUGCCCCCCCACCUUACAGACCUUUUCCAUUGCCCCUUCCCUCUGGAACUCACUCCCCAAACACACUUGACACACACUGGACACACGUCUCAACAUUCACAUCUAUGCUCAAAACACAUCUUUUUGAAUUAACUAUGUUUUAUACUGUUCUUCUGUGUUUUUUUAUACUGUUUCUGCUGUUUUCUACUAUGAUUUUUGUAAACGUAAAGCGUCUUUGAGUACCUUUUAAAAGCGCUCUAUAAAUAAAAUUUAUUAUUAUUAAAUGA